UUGCGAAAAUCCAAGAUGGUUCUCGGUACUCAAGUCGUUGCGGCCUCAGACCCAAAAGAGGAGGAGGAUGAUGAGCCAUUUUGCGCUUGCAUUUGUUUUUGUGAAGAAGAGGAUGAAGACGGAGAAGGAGAUGCUGACUGCACCUGCUUUUGCUUCUGUGAAGAUGAUCCUGAGGAGGAGGAAGAAGAAGAGGAGUUGAUUGACCCCCAGGACACCCUGAAGGAAAGCUGCUCGGAGAAGAGGGAGUGCGUGACCUUGAAGGAGAAGCUGGACGAAUGUAACGCCCGCGUGGAGGGUCGUUCCAAGACUUCGGAGACAUGCACAGAGGAAAUCAUUGACUUCAUGCAUUGUGUAGACCAUUGUGUAGCCAAGUCUCUAUUCACCAAGUUGAAGUAGGCAGUGUACAAGAUUAGGGCAAGAAUGUUUGGGAUUGGGGGGGGGAGUGGGGGGUCUAAUUGUGUGACUCCCUGACAGAUUGUUGAGUUCCUGGCUUGGAAGGACUGUGAUGCGACAGAGGAAACUGAUGACGGCAACGAUGAUGAUGAUCUUCUAAGUAAGCAGAUGAAGUAGAGACAUUGAUAUGUUUCCGUUUCUGUUGUUUGUACUCACACUUGUUGGCUCUUGUCUACUGAGGGCUGGGGACUGUGAGGGUGAGCAACGUGGUGGGGCGGGGAGGUUGUUGCCCGCCUGUCUGUAUUCUAAAGUUUUACCAGAGGUGAUUUUAGUCAAGUGGAAUUGAAAGAAGUGGUUUUGGAGAUGGGUCAUGAGGGAGGAUUUAGUCGGAGCUGUGUGGGCCGUGACUCUACAGUGUGCUGUCUUGACAUGACGUCAGGUCAGCACAGACCGUUGAACAACUCGGGAUGUUUGUCUUUGUGUUUGGCUGCUUGUUCCGUUUGUCUCGACAGUUUCUCUGGUUUGGGACAAAUUGUUUAUUGUCCAUGAGGCCAAAUCCUCACACGAGUUGUUGAAGGUGAAGGCUACUGACCAGACGGCCGGUGUGUUUGAUCAUUUUGUGUGUGCUGGGUAUUUGUAGGCCUCCAGAGUAGUUCUGGUAUUUAUCACAUUGAUUAAAAUGUCUUUUACUUAG